CCCACCUGGGGGAACUGAUGAAGACGUAUGGAAUGCUGUUGGAGUAUCGAGUCUCGUACACCGGGUCACGGGCAACCGUGACCUUGGUGUACGGAGACCGGAUUCAAAAGAAAGGAAGAUGGAGGAAGAGGAGACGUGUGCCAGCGGCGGCGCAGGGGGGGUCAAAACCGGUGGCUAAACCGCCGGCGGCGACUCCUUCUGUUCGACCGCCGAACACCGCUCACCCGAGCAAGAAGACUAGAGCAGAAGAGGUUCCGGCCCCGGAUGUUCAAGCUUCUAUGCCAACGGAAGAGCCGGAGACGGAGUUUGACACGGAAAUCUGCGUCACACCGUACAACCGGCCACCUGCACCAAUUCCUACGGAAGCGCUUUCGGACUUGUCGCCGAUUAUACUGGCGACACCCGUUGAGGCGCAGGCCCGGAAGGUGGCCGUUGUCAAGAGGAAGGCGACCACUCCCCCGAGUGCCAUACCAGCCAAGCCGAGCCGCCCCUCUCAACCGCCGGAGACACACGAACAACCAGUGGAGCAGUGGUCACUGCAGGCCAGCCGUCUCCCCCAGCGUUACCAACAACUGGUUAAGAACAACAUCAGGGAUGAACGUCUACUCAUCAGUAGACCCAAGGCCCUUUCCUACAACCCAUUGCCAGACAAUCCAGACGAGGGGGAGUUCGCGGUACAUCGGCUCAAGACGCGGGAGGGACACGACGCAGUUUGCGUCACCAUCUGCCGGAGCGGAAUAUUCAGCCAAGGUGUGCUAUUCUUGGAGAUGGACAACCCGACACUACAUCGUGUUCUUAAAACCAUCGCGGGGACACACUACCGUUCCAUCACCAAGGAGUUAGCAGACUCCGACUACCGGCAGUUCCUCCCGCAGCUUGAGAUCACCGGAUUCAUCGAAUCCCCCUAGACGCCAACCUCCUUUCCUCCGUCUGAUACUGUGGGAGCCACUAAUGGACUGCAGGGCACUGAGGCUA